CACGCGUUUCAAAUUUUUGCAAGAACCUUUGAUAACGAAAAAGGCCAUCCACAAAUUUAAAGAAACACAGCAAAAAUAAAAAAGAAAAGAAAUUUGUCUAGCAAGUCCAUACAAAACAAUAACAUAAAAACAAACAAAUCCCAGAGAUCUCAACCCAAGUUGUGGUCUAGAUCCAACCUUUCCACAGUCCACUCUCACUCUAAACAAACAGCGACGACAAACCCCCACCAGCUCAUUACACAUCGAGUGUCCCCUUCUCUCCUUCUCCGUUUAAGUCACCGGAAAAAAAAUUCCACAUUAACACAAAAAAAUCCCAUUUUCUACCAACACUUUUUGAGCAAACUUAGCCUGUUUCAAUUUUCAUGCUAUAGUAUAUAUCUGCAUAGAGGAUAUAUAAAUAUAUAUAUAUAUAUAUAUAUAUAGAGAGAGAGAGAGAGAGAGAGAGAGCGUACGCACUUUUUUCAAUUUGGUUUUAAUUCUUUGCAGUUUCGUUAAUCUUUGAGGGGGAAAAAAGUGAUUGAAUUGAUGCUAGCUGUGUCACCUUUAAGGAACACAACUAACGAUGAGAACGAAGGAGAGAUGGAGAGCUUCACUAUUAGCUCGGAAGAGUUCCCUGACUUCGCUGAUGGGAAUUUACUUGAGAGUAUCGAUUUUGACGAUCUUUUUGUUAGCAUCAACGAGGGUGAUACGUUGCCCGACUUGGAGAUGGACCCAGAAAUUCUCGCUGACUUACCCGCCAAUGGAAGUGAGGGAUCAGAGAUGAACACAUCAACAGAGAAAACUGAUGAGGAUAAUAAUCAAAGGAAAGAGGAGGAAGAUAAGGUUUCGGGUUCAGGUUCAGGGUUAGGCUCGAGCUCAAGCAAAGGCGAGGAGAUUGUUAGCAAAAGAGAGGAACCUACAGCUGUUAAAACACCUACCAAAGAUGCUAAUAAGGGAAGAAAAUCAUCAGUACAAGCGAAGAAUAACAAUCAAGGGAAGCGAAAAGUGAAGGUGGAUUGGACGCCAGAGCUGCACAGGAGGUUCGUGCAAGCAGUGGAGCAGCUCGGGGUAGAUAAGGCGGUGCCUUCAAGAAUAUUAGAGCUUAUGGGAAUCGAUUGUCUCACUCGCCAUAACAUUGCCAGCCACCUUCAAAAAUAUAGAUCUCAUCGGAAGCAUUUGCUAGCUCGUGAGGCGGAAGCGGCAAGCUGGACUCACAGGAGGCAAAUGUACGGGGCUGCCACCCCGGCUGGAGGAGGCAAGAGAGACAUGAAUCCUUGGCUUGCACCUACUAUGGGUUUUCCGCCUAUGUCACCCAUGCACCACCACCACUUUAGGCCUUUGCAUGUAUGGGGUCAUCCCACCGUGGAUCAAUCCCUAAUGCACUUAUGGCCUAAACAUCUAGCCCAUAUACCAUCCCCGGCCCCGCCUACUUGGGGUACUCAUCCUCCUCCACCAGCAGACCCCUCGUAUUGGCACCAUCACCACCAACGUGUACCAAAUGGACUAACCCCAGGAACACCUUGCUUUCCACAGGCGCUGGCACCAACGAGAUUUGCUGCACCACCGGUCCCUGGCAUUCCUCCCCAUCACCCCAUGUACAAAGCAGACCCCGGCAUUGGCGUCCCGGCCGGACAAUCAGGUCCCCACCCGCUCAUUGACUUCCACCCGUCGAAAGAGAGCAUAGAUGCAGCUAUAGAAGACGUUUUAUCAAAACCAUGGCUGCCACUUCCUCUUGGACUGAAGCCGCCAUCUACCGAUGGUGUUUUGGGAGAGUUGCAACGCCAAGGAGUCCCGAAAGUACCACCCUCUUGUGCUUGAUCUCCGAUCCUAAUUAGAAACAUCCCUCCGAAGGCGUGGCUGUCCGUAAUGGCGAUUUCAAGACUGUGGAAACCCCUUAAUUCGACGAUAUUACCCACGUUAGGAAUCUAAUGGUUCAUGUAGAAAUCUAAUCUUCCGAGAUUUUUUCCACUCUCUUUUUUUUUUUUUUAAUUUUGUUGUCAAUCUUUGGUAGAACUUGGUUGUUCUUGUUCCCUUGCAAGGACAGCUUUAUUUAUUACUCUUGCCGAUCCAUGUCUGAUAAUAAAGCCAAUUUUGUAAUGGUUGUACGAAUGAGAUUAUAAUAAGCAACUUAUUAUCA